GCUGCAGUGUGUGAGAUCACCCCACGGUAUUGGAGCAUUGGAUCUCUUAUGAUGCUACAGUAAGGAUACCAGCCCUUGCAGCUAAUCCACCUUAUUAUCUUUAGGACAGCAUGGUUCACGAACUACAACACCAGCCCGCUCGCGGCUUGUAUCUAGCAUACCAAAUCAUAUCCACCCUUUUCUUUCGCCUACCAUUCUGGAUUCUCGUAUCUAUUCCUAGACCUUGGCGUCCAAGGCCAUCGUGGUCGCUAAAGCGUUGUCUUUGGGUCAAUCUUAUACGCCAUGUCAGCCAGAUUUUCUACAAAACAGGGCCCAUCUUCAUAUCUCCUUCUCAUCUCGAGAUCCAAACAGGUCCAGGGAUCAGAGGUGUCUGGGUUGAGGUAGCUACCGCGAGCAGACUUAUUACUGGAGACCUCGCAACAUGGGCGUCCAUGGCAAACGUCAAGUCUGUCAGAAUCCCUGGCUAUUGGCUAGAUCGAGAAGGGUCAGAAGUCAAGGUCGGGGAGCGUCUCCAAUUGAACCCCGGAGAAAAGGUUUUGUAUCGCCUCCACGGCGGAAGCUACAUACAAUUAUCUGCGCACUCGGACGAUCCUACUGCCGCUAUUGCGCGUGAUCUGCUCAAACAGUGUUGUUCCCUCGCAUGCGCAUUCUCUAUUGAAUACCGCCUUUCAGCAUCAGAUCCUCACCCUGCGCGCAAUCCAUUCCCCGCAGCGCUUAUUGACGCGCUGGCUGGGUAUAGCUAUCUAGUCAAUUCCAUAGGUAUACCGGCUUCUGCUAUUAUUAUCGAGGGGGAUUCAUCUGGUGGGAACUUGGCGCUGGCGUUAGCCCGCUACCUUGUCGAGUACCAUGACAGUCCUGAUGUUGAUCUCCCCCCACCACCCGGGGGCCUUAUUCUAUUCUCACCACGGACCGACAUGAGUUGCUCGCAUGAAACCCCCGACUCUUCCGCGCUCAACUUCUUUAAAUCGGAUAUCUUGGGACCCGAAAUCAUUGGGCGAUCAACCUACCCCAAAAACUCCUAUCUCGGACCCCAUGGAUUUGAUGCAGCCAUGUACAAUCCAUACAUAUCUCCUGCAUCGCGUUACAUCAAGGAAAUUAGUUUCAAGGGGUUCCCAAGGACUUUCCUUGUCGCGGGAGGCGCAGAGUUAUUCAGAGACCAGCUGCGUACACUGAGGAAUGACAUGGCGCGUGAUAUGGGUGAAGGCGAUGAUACUGGACAGAUCAGUUAUUAUGAGGCGCCAGAUGGGAUACAUGUAUACGCCAUGUUUGCCUGGCAUGAACCGGAGAGGAGUGAUACCUUGAGCGCAAUCGCACAGUGGAUCGAUUGGGAGAAGGACAAUCUGAACGCUCAAAUAGUAUAGUCGCAAUGGAAUAUUUUAGGACUGACAGACAUGUAAUGUUAGCUUGAGCUCGUUAUGAAUGCAUGAUAUAUCACGAUUUGAA